AUGCGCGCGUGCGCGUGCGCGCAGUUCGCCGACGCGCCGUUCGCGCACGUCGUCACCGCGCUCGUCGUCGACGACGUCUCGAAUCGGCACCGCGAAGGCGAAGGCGAAGGCGAAGGCGAAGGCGAACGGGACGACGACGACGACGGGAUCGCGACGACGUCGCGCGCGAACGUGCGGACGUGGGCGUGGACGGGGGCGAGAGACGGAGCGAUCGUGCGAUGGGCGCUCGAGGUCGACGACGACGGCGACGCGCUGGGGGCGAGACAGGCGUGCGCGGGACACGACGACGGCGUCGAGGCGUUCGCGAGGACGCGAAGGGCGAUGGUGAGCGUGGAUGCGAGCGGAGGGGUGUGCGCGUGGGAUCGACGAAGCGGGGAGUGCUUACAUAAACGAUUCAUCGCGAGCGGUGGGGAAAGAGUGGGGAUGGUGUGCGAAAGAGAAGUGGAAUUCGCGAACGGCGUCGGCGGCGUCGCCGUCGUCGUCGUCGCGGAGGCGACGCGGCGACGGCGAUGCGAAGUCAUCGACCCACUGAGCGACGUUGGCGUGGUGCUGGAGAUACCUCAAGAAUUGAAAAAAAUGGUGGAGAUUUUCGUGGACUCGAGCGGGGCGCUCGGUGUGCGCGAUGAAGAUGGGCGGACGCACGUCUGGUCGUGCGUCGGAGCGCCCGCCGAGAGCGGCGACGACGAAUCGCCGUCGGCGCCAGAAGCGAGCGCGUUCGAUUUGACUGGGUGGAAUAAUAUCGCUAAACCGAUCGUGCAAUACAUCGGUGACGUGCGCGAGCGUGACGUUUUUCAUCACGAGCUCGACACCGCGAUCGGACGCGUGUGCGCGCAAGGCAGUGAAGAUUGUUGCGUCGUGUCUUCUCCGGCUGGUUCGUUUUCCUUGGCAGAUAGAUGGGAGUCUUCUCCCUCGAACGUGGUCGUGACUUCGUGUGCACCCGCGAAAGGAGCACGAUACGCCCCCGAAUCGUACGUGUACGGCUACUCUGAUGGGACCAUAUGUUCCCAGCCAUUGUACGGAAGCAGCGCACCGUCGACGAGUUUCCGCGGACACGACGGCGCCGUGCUUUCCUUGCUGGACUGGACUGGCGAUAAGAAGGAAUCCUUUUUAUUAUCGGGUGGCAAGGAUGGCACAGUUCGCGCAUGGGACUACGCAUCAUCGAAAAAUAUGGCCGUGCUACGUCACCACCAAGGUCCGGUGCGGUGGCUUCUCCCCGCACCUAUGAGUGCUCGCGAUGCGAGCUGGAACAACGUGUUCAUCACCAUCGGCGAUGACGGAGUGCUCGGUCUAGUGUCCGCUGACACGUGGGCCGUUAAUUUCAUCAUGCCUGGAAACGGUUUCGGAGUCAAAGAAAUGAUAUGGAACGCACCUCGAGGCGUUCUAGCCGUUCUGAGUAAGGACGGAAGCUUGCACGUUUGGGACAUUCUCACGGGGGUGUUGGAGCGCCACUUGACGGGAGGCGCUGUGCAAGCGAUGAUGGCCAAUCUUCGGGAAGGGUCUUUUCACGUCGUGCUCCAUGGCAUGCUGGGUCCGGCGCAGCGUCAGUGGAAGUACACGAGGAGACGUCCUCAGCCAUUGAUGUGGAGAUGCGUGCAAACAAACGUGUUCGCGAUCAGCGCAGACAUCAACGCGUUACUGGACCCGGCAUCGAAUGGUCUCCCUUCGCACGGUGUUAAACGAAGAAUCAGUCUCGAUUCGAUAAAAUCAUCGCCAUCAGUGAUAAGCGGAUCGUUCGUUGACGAAGAAGUACGCGCGCUGCACCUACUGUUAGGAAUGCUCGUGCUAUCAACCGAAGGCAACCUCGACGCCAGCAUAUUUGAUGAAUUCUUCGCAAACAAGUCGAGAUACUCAGACGUGAGUGUCAUCGGUGCGAAAGGUUCGGUAACUUUUGACUUACCAGGUGUCCGCAGUAUGAAAAAGCCGUCAACAACUCGCGAGCUCCGUCUCUUUAUGGCGGCCACGGCCAUCAGAAUUGUUCAAGUGAGCGAGGCGGUGAGCAUGGCGCCGUACGUCGAAGUGAUGGAAGCAGUCGAGGCAAGGAAUAGGGUAGUUGAUGACGCGGAUUUAGUUUUUUACGCGUGGCAUUGCAUGGACAAAGUCGAGUGCGUGCGCCAAGCUUCGAAAAGACUCCUGUGCGCUUGUCUUAUGAAAUCCUUACCACCGUCUUUCGAGCUUGCAGCGCCGGAUGAUUUGUUCACGUGCGAGCAAUUCGCAAGAUGGGAUCGCUUGACGCCCAACUCCCAAUUCGGGAACGGUUUACUCGGUUUAAUAAUCUCAAGCACGGCUUGCUUGACACCGAAUACGACUGUGCACGACAGCUGGAAUAUCAAGAUCUCUCGCGCCCUUCUGGAGGGGUUGAAAUCCCCCAGUAAGACGGUCGUCCUGACCUCCGCUGCUUUAUUGACAGAAGGCAUCAAGCACUCAAACUGGAUGUCCUGUUUAGCCGAUCCCAACAAAGCCCUGGAAGAAGUGUUUGAGCUUUCUUCGAAAGUUAUGAGCAUGUCAACCGAUCCCACUGAGUCCAUGAUCAACCGAGAAGCGCUGAGCGACGUGCUCUCGGCUUUCGCUGGAGCGAGCCCGCCGUUCUUCUUUACGCACAUGAACAACCGUCUUCGUAGUCUGGCUCCAGAGCAUCCGGCUCACAUGCUAGCCUUCAUGGCGCUCAUGCGCGUCGCUCAGACUAAUGUGAAAAUGCUGCAAGUUCACGCUGCCUACUUGAUGGAUACCGUGAUGCUAGCGCUGAAUCCCUCGAAUUCAGCGUUGAGGAAAAGUUGCUUGCAAGGCGUCAACGUUUUAUUGACUGAGCUUGGUAAAUCCUCAUCGAUGGCUUUCCAUCGCGAGACGCAGCGUUUUACGGCUGCCAUACAUGGAGCUGUGAAAAACGGUACUGUCAUGAUCGUAUACGACUUACAAACUGCCACGAAGUGGCGAACCUUGGAGGAUAAUCAUACAGAUUUAACUGACAGAGCCACGAGUGAAGCCUUGGCGACGAAUUGGUCGAAUCCACUCGGCCUCCUUACCUCACCCGAAAACAGCGUCAAACACUCUUCAAACGUACUCGUCGACCACAUGCGAUCGAUUUCCAUGGAUGAGUACGAUUCCGGUGAGCUCUCUGUGAAAGCAGUGUCGUUCGAUGCGGAUGGGAAUCAAGUAGCGGCGUAUUUGGACAAAUUAUCGUUUGUGUACAUCUGGGAUUUAACUCCCUCAUGGCGACACACGUUCACUCGAGGUGCUUUACCGUUAGGAACUUCGCAUUAUAUGCCAUGCGUUCCCUCUGAAGCGCCUUUGAACGACAGCGAUCUAGGAAGAUCGGGCGAAUCUGUGGUCGAGUGCUCUUUGAAAUUCGUCAAGUCACGUCAAAUUCGCCUCGUACAUGGCGAAGUGGAUAUGGUUUUCUCGUUCGUGUAG